UGGCGGUGGCGGAGGAGGAGCCUGUGGGGUCCAUCCGCACCAUGGAGCGCGUGGCCGCCGCGAAGAAGAUCAUCGAGAACGGCUACCGCGAGCGCUCCAAGAACCUCCGGGAGCGCAACGAGAGGCGCUUACUUUUGGAACAACAGCUAGCUUCUUCACAAGUUCCUAGGGAGGAGCAAAUAAAAUUAAUAAAGGAGCUGGAGAGAAAGGAGACUGAAUACAUGAGACUUAAAAGACAUAGAAUUUGUGUAGAUGACUUUGAGCUGCUCACCAUCAUUGGAAGAGGCGCUUUUGGGGAGGUUCAACUUUGCCGGGAUAAAUCCUCUGGGAACAUUUACGCAAUGAAAAAGCUAAAGAAGUCUGAAAUGGUUGUCAAGGGUCAGGUGGAACAUGUUAGAGCUGAAAGAAACUUGCUGGCUGAAGUUGGUAGCCACUGCAUCGUGAAGCUAUACUAUUCUUUCCAAGAUGCUGAGUACCUUUACCUUAUCAUGGAAUACCUCCCUGGAGGUGAUAUGAUGACCCUGCUCAUGAGAGAGGAUACCUUAACUGAAAAUGUGGCUCGUUUCUAUAUUGCUGAGACAGUUCUUGCAAUUGAGUCGAUUCAUAAACAUAAUUACAUCCACAGAGAUAUUAAGCCUGAUAAUCUGCUUCUCGAUAAGAAUGGUCACAUGAAGUUGUCAGAUUUUGGCUUGUGUAAGCCUAUUGAUUGCUCAAAAUUGUCAACCUUGAGCGAAGAUGAACCUAUGACUGAUGAAAAUCUUAGGGAGUCAAUGGACAUUGAUAAUUCUCUCUAUGAUACAACAAAUGGUAGAAGGUGGAGAAGUCAAAACGAACAGCUUCAGCACUGGCAGAAGAACAGGAGAAAAUUGGCAUUUUCAACAGUAGGUACUCCUGAUUAUAUUGCUCCAGAGGUUCUACUAAAAAAAGGAUAUGGAAUUGAGUGUGACUGGUGGUCUCUGGGUGCUAUCAUGUAUGAGAUGCUUGUUGGGUAUCCCCCGUUUUAUUCUGAUGAUCCAAUAACUACAUGCCGAAAGAUUGUACAUUGGAGAAGCUAUUUGAAAUUUCCAGAAAAUUCAAGGCUGUCUCCUGAAGCUAAGGAUCUGAUUUGUCGGUUCUUGUGUGAUGUUGAUCACAGGAUUGGCAGUGAAGGGGCAGAUCAAAUAAAGGCUCAUCCUUGGUUUCAUGGAGUUGAAUGGGAUAAGCUUUAUGAAUUGGAGGCAGCAUUUAAGCCUCAAGUAAAUGAUGAACUGGAUACACAAAAUUUUCAGAAAUUCGACGAAGUAGAUCCUGCUCCCCCAAGAACAGGUUCUGGGUCCUCAAGGAAGAUGAUUCCCAAUUCUAAAGAUCUUAGCUUUGUGGGCUAUACAUACAAGAACUUCGAAGCUGUGAAAGGUUCACAUCUGUCUGCAGAUUCUAAACGAAGCUCCUCAUUUACAAGCCAGCGUAGUGGCGGCGACACAUCUGUCACAGGUACAGCAGACAUGGAUUCAUCAGAGGAACCCAACGGAAGUGACACACACAUGCACACUGCUGCUGACGAUAUGAUGCAAUAAGUAGUGCCGUUGCUACCCAAAAAAUGCUGGCGCUACGUCGGCAUGAUUCGCCCUGGUGAUGUGGCUCAUUCAAAACGAUCUGCUUGUUUUUAGUCAGGUCUCGCGCCUACUUAUCGUUGGUGGAUGUUUUGUUAAUUGUCGAAAAUCAGGCAGUAUAGCAUAUUCCGGGCAUGGUCACAUAUGGUGUUAGUAUAGCAUAUUCCGGGUGAGCUAAGGUGGAUUCGCAUCUUUGUGCUCGUUGCCCGGGUUGGCAGGUUAAUGUUAGCCUCCCUUGCGGCAGCUCGUAGCCCGCCAACAUAUGAUCAGCAUUGGAUAGGAAAGAAUGAGAUGGUGAUUGUGGUAGGCUAGGCAUCAUUGCUUGUCGUUGGAUUUUUUUUGCAGGCUGAUAGUUUGAUAUGCUUUGCACAUGAAUGGUCU